AUGCACAACCACCCUUUAGCGGCAAUCCCUGUGGUGUUACAAAGGUUCCCAAGCGUUGGUACCAUUACAACACUUGGCACCAAUACAGGAAUUCACUGUAUCCUCACAGCUGUGCCACAGGAACUGCACUUUAGCAAUUGUCACAUUGUCUGUGUGCUUGAUUGGAGAAGCUGUGACAGUAAAUGUGGUGGUUGUGAACAGGAAAAGACAAGGAUCCAAGGUGCCAGCGACAUUGAUGUGGGCAGACGGCGUGUCCUUGCUGUUGGGGUUGGCACCUGCCUAUUCACCUUUGCAAAUGGUCCUCCAAGCCUGGCUGAAUCAAGCCGAGGAUUCAGGGCAUACAUCAAGCAGAAGGAACUGGACCCCCUAGACACCUAUGUUGCCCCAUUGUUGGCUGCAAAGCAAGAAUUGAUCCGCUCAGGAGAAAUAAGUGCCCUAGAUGUAAACGAGGCCAGGAGAAUGCUGAGAUCAGGAGCUCUGUCAGGACUGCGGACAAAUGUCAGGGCAACGGGAGUGUAUGCCGAGCAAUUGGAGACAUCUUCAGAAGGCAGUGCUUUGGCGACAGGUGUCAUUCAUGCUCUCGAGGAAUAUGAUAUGGCACUGUUGCUGACAAGCAGGGAUCAAGUACCACAAACUAGCGUGGGGGACACUCUGGCGAGCUCGUUACAGGCGCUGGACAAACUCUUGGAAACCGUUCCAGCUGACGUUAUGGGAGACAUUCUGGGCACUUCAAGCGAAGACGUGAACUCCUGA